UUUCACUUACCCUGCGGCAGCAGCUUCACGGUCUCCGCGUUCUUGGCUGGCCAGGUGUGUUUUACCUGUGAGACAUCGGGUGACGUCAUUCUCGGGGAUGGGUCUGUCACGUGAUCGAUUCCCAGGCGGUUGUAUCGCUCGCCAUGUUUUGGGUGAUACAGGGAAAGGGAAGAUAAUUUAACAAACAGGUGCUUGGCUCCUUGGUGAGAGAAAGCUUGGACGUUUCCAGCAAGGCCAUGUAAGUCUUGCUGAGUUGCUGCGUGCUUACGAGGGCAGAGAAUAUUUCAGAUGUCGUCUGGAGGAAAUUCUUCAGUCCGAUUCGAUCGGAUCCGGGGCCCUCGAUAUGAUGAGGUUUCAGUGGACCCCCCUGUUCCAGUGGACUCAAGAAGGUCUUUGGAUGAGCUGAGGGGCAGCGAUUUGGCCCGGAGCUCUGACCCCCUUCCUCCUCCCCCGCUACCCAUACACCCUCCCGUCGGCCCUGAAUUUUACCACAGCGAGAGCGACGAGCCGAUCGAAGCCCUAGAACUGAAACCCGUGAGGCGGUUCAUCCCGGACUCCGUGAAGAACUUCUUCCGGGGCAGCCGCAGCGAGCCGCAGCGGGACAUGCCUGCCGCAGACUCGGACAGCCCCGUCAGCCGUGGGAAGGAGUGCUCCCCUCCAGCCUCCCCCUCCUUUGACACCCGCAAGAUGAAGACCUCGGCCGCCAGCUCCUACCGGGAUCCCUACGGGGGCUCGGGGAGCAGCUACAACUCCCGCCUGCCCAUGCUCCCACAUGACCCCUACGAUUCCCUGGACAGGAGGACACACCGUACGGCCAUGACCUACAGCGAGAGGGUGGAGGAAUACCACAUGAAAUACUCGUACAUGAAGUCCUGGCCCGGCCUGCUGCGAAUCCUGGCUAUCUUUGAGUUGCUGCUCGGCGCGGCUGUCUUUGCCUGCGUCUGCGCCUACAUUCACAAGGACAACGAGUGGUUCAACAUGUUCGGGUACCGGCAGCCUUACGAUUACGGGGGGAGCAGCGCAUAUGGGGGGUACUACUACAGUGGGCCCAAAACUCCCUUCAUCUUGGUGGUGGCCGGGCUGGCCUGGCUGGUGACCGUGAUCCUUCUGGUUCUCGGCAUGACCAUGUACUACCGCACCAUUCUCCUGGACUCCCACUGGUGGCCCCUGACCGAGUUUGGCCUGAACAUUGCCCUCUUCAUUUUGUACCUGGCCGCCGCGAUCGUCUAUGUGAACGACGCGAAUCGAGGGGGGCUCUGCUCCUACCCGCUGUUUAACAACGGCAUCAAUGGAGCCUUCUGCCGAGUGGAAGGGGGGCAGACGGCAGGGAUGAUCUUUCUGUUUGUCACCGUGUUGAUGUACCUCGUCAGCGCGAUCGUCUGCCUGAAGCUGUGGAGGCACGAGGCAGCAAGGAGAUACAAGGAGCAUAGGGAACAUGAGAUGAAAACAUCAGAACCUGCUGAACCUAAACUGACGCAGGGAGCUGUGGUAGGAGACGGCAGGACGGGAGCACCUGCAGUAAUUCACAAGGAGUUCAGACCAGUGGACAUGAAACCAGGGGUUUUAAGCGGGCACAUUCCUGCAGGACACAUUCCUAAACCUUUAGUCGUGCCGGACUAUGUUGCUAAGUACCCUAGCAUCAAGACUGAUGACGAGCGAGACCGCUACAAAGCUGUGUUCAAUGACCAGCACUCGGAAUAUAAAGAGCUCCAUGCUGAAGUCCAGGCAGUCCUGAAGAAGUUCACUGAAAUGGAUUCAGUGAUGAAGAAGCUGCCACGUUUCCCAGAAAACCAGAUGGAGCAUGACCGGAUAUGUAACAUUUUUGGGGAAUAUGAGAAGAAAAAGAAUGACCCGGCAUUCCUGGAGAAAAAGGAACGCUGUGAAUACCUGAAGAGUAAGCUCUCCCACAUAAAGCAGAAAAUCCAGGAGUAUGACAAAGUGAUGGGCUGGAAUGAUGGCUACAGUACAUAACUUGAACUUGAGGGGGGAGCCCAUCAUUUCAUUAUUUAGUCUGAGAAUGGGGUGUUACUGCAAUUUUAUACAUAGCUGUUCAGUCACUAUUUUUUUUUUUUUAACUUGUGUAAUUUCUAUUAAGUACUUUUGCUCCAAACCCAUGUGGAGGACAUUCAUGCAGAAAACCAAAACGUGUUUCAAAUUGUCUCCAAAGCUCAAUGAUACCUGACGUACAGUUGUGCUGGAUUACUAACUGGGGUUUGUGAAACCAGCCAAAAGAGUUUUUAUAAGUGCUGUAUUCAAAGAAUGUGUUUAUGCACGGUGUUGUCUUCAGGAAAAAACAUGUAGGAUUUGUUGAUUUAAGUAAAAUAUUAAAUGUUCUGUGUCCAGCA